UACGUUGAAACAGUGGUGGAAAAAUCUCGACCCGAUUGGUAUCAAUUAAGGAUCCGACGCGUGUCUCUUUUAUUACUGAGAAAUUGCUGAAACGGGUCAAAUACUAUGAACUUGAUCCUUGCAUCGUUCUCUUUGGCCCCUUGCUUCUGUGUUCGAUUCUUUCCUUCAAACCAUAACAAUCUCAAUCUCUUAUUCCCAGGUCUCUCUCUAUCUCUCUCUCUCUGCUACAAGCUUAUAAGUAUUUUGUGGUCACAUGUCACUAAUCAUUCUCAUGAUCCUUAAUCUUAGCUCCUAGGGUUUCUGUGAAUUAGUCUAAUUUUACAAUUUUAUGCCUUUGAGGAUAUAUCUUAAUGGCAACGAAAGAUUCAAGUUAGUUGCGGUGGUAAGAGUGAGGUGUUGAAGAGUGAUACAAUGGAACCUCAUGAAGCAGAAACGUUUGUGAACAAGAGAACCCUUUAUGCUCCCAUUGAGCCAUAUAGCAGUGGAAAUUUAAAGGUUUCAGAUGUUCACACUCUCUACUGGGAGCAAUCAGGCAAACCCGAUGGACACCCGGUUGUUUUUCUUCACGGCGGGCCGGGAGGAGGGACGGCUCCUAGUAAUAGGAGAUUCUUCGAUCCGGAGUUUUAUCGGAUUGUUCUGUUUGAUCAGAGAGGUGCGGGGAAGAGUACACCGCAUGCUUGUUUGGAGGAAAACACCACAUGGGACCUUGUGAAUGAUAUUGAAAAACUAAGAGAACAUUUGAAAAUACCUGAAUGGCUGGUUUUUGGAGGAUCAUGGGGAAGCACUCUAGCUCUUGCAUACAGUCAGUCUCACCCUGACAAGGUUACUGGUUUGGUCCUUAGAGGGAUCUUUUUGUUGCGUAAAAAGGAGAUUGACUGGUUUUACGAGGGCGGUGCUGCUGCUAUUUACCCUGAUGCUUGGGAGGAGUUCAGAGAUCUUAUUCCAGAAAACGAGAGAGGUAGUAGCCUUGUGGACGCGUAUCACAAAAGAUUGAAUUCUGAUGAUCUGGAAAUUCAAUACGCAGCUGCAAGAGCUUGGACUAAAUGGGAAAUGAUGACUGCUUAUCUUCGUCCAAAUCUUGAAAACGUUCAAAAGGCAGAGGAUGAUAAAUUUUCAUUGGCGUUUGCAAGGAUUGAAAAUCACUACUUUGUUAACAAAGGUUUCUUCCCGUCGGACUCACACUUGCUAGACAAUGUUGAUAAAAUACGACAUAUCAAGACCACCAUUGUUCAGGGAAGGUAUGACGUAUGCUGUCCUAUGAUGUCUGCUUGGGAUCUGCACAAAGCAUGGCCAGAGGCAGAACUCAAGAUUGUUUAUGAUGCUGGGCACUCGGCAAAUGAGCCAGGAAUAUCAGCGGAACUCGUGGUUGCCAAUGAAAAGAUGAAAGCACUUAUGGGAUGAAGUAUUUGAUGGAAUGAAAGCUGCUCAUUUUGUUCAUUUCUUUGGGACCUUUGUUCAUAUUUUCAAGUUUGUUGCUGCAAAGUAAAUAUCACAUUCAGAGUUAGUUGUUAACGCGAAACCGAAUGUUAUUUCCAUGGACGUUUAUACCCAAAUGAAAAAGACAAUGACAUAGGUGCAGUGUUUUGAAACCCGGACUAUAAGCACCAAUGUAACCAAUGAAUGGGACUCUAACGAAUACCUUAGAACCAUGGCCUUUUUGAACCGUUUAAAUGCAGAAAUCCCCAACAAAAACCAG